AUGCCUUCCGCAAUUGUCACUGGUGCGACAGGUAUUCUCGGACAAGAAAUCUUCAAGGAGCUUUCGAAAUGUGGCGAUAGAUGGGACCAGAUCUAUGCCCUAUCACGUCCAGCUGACUACGUCUUCUUCGCUGCUUAUAUGCAGAAGGAUGACGAAGUGGAAGCGACAAGAGUCAAUGGCGACAUGCUGGCAGCAUUUUGCAAGGCUCUCGAGAUCAAUGGCUGUGCCACCAAGAUCAAGCGAUUUAUCCUAGUUACUGGGGCCAAAAACUACGGAGUCCAUCUCGGUUGUGUCAAGAUUCCCAUGGAAGAAACUGAUCCCUGGCUUCCAGAACCACUGUUCCUUCCCAACUUUGACUACCGCCAGCAGCGCAUCCUGCAGGACUUUGCUCGGCGGAACAGCGUCGAGUGGGUGGUAACCUAUUCUGGUGAAGUCUUCGGUUUUGCCAAGGGCAACUUCAUGAACUUGGCCAUCGCGAUUGGUAUAUAUGCUGCUGUCUCCAAGGAGCUUGGCAACGAGCUCGUUUUUCCAGGAGCUGAGGAGUUCUACUCCAACGUCACCAUGUUCACUGAUGCCGGACUCCAUGCUCAGUUCUGCAACUGGGCAGCUCUUGAGCCCAAAGCCGCGAACCAGGCGUUCAACACCGUCAACGGCGAUGCCGAGUCAUGGAUGAACCUCUGGCCCAAGGUCGCUCGAGACUUUGGAUUGUCCGUCCCAGCCGAUCAGUUCUCCAGGCCCGCGCCGUUGGCUUCAGAGAAAGCCUUGCAAGCCCAGCCUCCUCUCUCAGUUGCAGCCAAAACUGCUGGGCUGGAGGGUACAUGUAAUUUGCCGCAAAGUUACAUCCGCCAAAGAAUUGACCUGGUCUGGAAGGCCAUGGCUGAGAAGCAUGGUCUGGAUGCCAGUGCUCUUGAAAAGGCUUCCUGGGCAUUCGCGGGCUUUGCGUGGGGAAGAGAUUAUAAUGUCGUACAGAGCAUGAGCAGGGCGCGCAAGCUCGGAUGGACUGAUUACAAGGAUAGUUGGGACAACUUGAAGGGGGUUUUGGAUGGGUUGAGAGAGGCAAAGGUGAUUCCCUCUGCCUAA